GCGAGACGAGAGGAUGAAGUGUUGGAGUGAUUACUUGGAUUCUCUGGGGCCUAGCUAUAGAGGGGAGGAUAGUGAUGAGCUGCGUGCCAGUGUGUUUGUGUGUGCAGUGCGGGAUGGGGCAGCACAGCAGGAGCAGUAGGAGUAGGUUGGUCGUUGGUCUCGGCUUUCAAUGCGGAAAAUUCCACUGCAAUGCAAUGAACCAACAAAAAUGACAGCCGACGCGGCGGGGACGCAAGCGCGCGCACCACCACAGACACCAUCAAGCCAUUGUGCUGCCGCGCGCGCCUUCCUUUCCUUUCCUGCGCCGCAGCUAGCAGCAAGCUUGCUUCGCUUGCUUGACUAGCUAUAGGAACAAAUCUAAGAUGAGAGGGACGGCGCGCUCGGAGCUCGGAAGUAAGCUAAGGUAGAGAGCUAGCCAGCUGCGGAGAUGCGGGGUGCGGUGCUGCUGCUGCCGCUGGUGGCCGCCGUGUUGCUGCACGCGGCGGCUGCGGCCGGCGGAGGCAACGGGAGCUGCGAGCGGAGGUGCGGGAGCAUGGAGCUGCCGUACCCGUUCGGUUUCUCCGGCGGCUGCACGAUACAGCUCGUCUGCGACGUCGGCGUCGACGACGUCCGCGCCGCGUGGCUCGGCGGCGCGCCGGAGCUGGGCCUGCUCGUGCGCAACGUCACGCCGCGCGCGCUCAUCCUCAACCUGCAGCCCGACUGCUCUCGCUUGUUCAAUGCGUCCGUCGCGGUGCUCUUCUCCGACAGCUACGCGCCCGCCUGGGGGAACACGCUCGUCGUCAGCUCCUGCAGCAGCUCCGAGGCCGCCCUCAUAAAAAACUGCAGCAGCGAGCCGCCGGACCGCUACAUGAAGAGAAGCACGUCCCACUGCAGCGCCAACGAGUCCAUACGCUGCAUCCUGCCUCGUACUCCCAGCAACACCAGCGGCCACCAUUUUCUGAACAGAAGCGAGGUGCUCAGGUCAAACUGCACCGGGCUGGUGUCGGCGGUGAGCUAUUCGGACGCACAGGGGCCGUCACUGCUGCUCGGCGCGCUGGAGCUGGACUGGUGGGUACCGGGGCGUUGCCGCUGUGAUGCCAGAGCCAACUGCACCCAGUUCCCAGCGACAAAGACGCGGCCGGAGGCGUUCCAGUGCGAGUGCCCGGAGGGCCUCCAGGGCGACGGCUUCGUCGACGGCACCGGCUGCUGGGAAGGGAUGAGAAGGGGCGAACGGGGAAUGAGUGUUGCAGCCUUGGAGAUCUGGGAAGCUACAUCGACAAUUCGACAUCAAGCCAUAUGCCCAUAUUCAGCUGCUUUUGUUCCCUGUAUUGACUAUUUUUCUGCAAUUGUUUGGGGACAUGUCUUCUACUCCCUCCGUUCCUAAAUAUUUGUCUUUCUAGAGAUUUCAACAAAUGACUACAUACGGAGCAAAAUGAGUGAAUCUACACUCUAAAACAUGUCUAUAUACAUCCAUAUGCGGUAGUCCAUUUGAAAUCUUAAAAAGACAAAUAUUUAGGAACGGAGGGAGUAGAAAAUGUUUAUCAGUGAGAAAAGGAAGUGAAAAAACUAGAGAGAUGAACUGGUAUGAUCCCAGAAAAGUUCAAUUGACAACUUUUUUAGAACCAGUAGUUCUUCGAAGAAAUUAAAGUGUACAAAAGUAUAUUUGGCUUC